AUGCUUUUGCAAGCUUUACAUAAUCCCAUCUCGGCUAGUUAUUAUGAUAUGGCGAUGAAACAACAGUCGAUGCAAAGAGCUGAAUGGUACGGUAGUGACUUCAAAUUCAAAUGGUUAUUCUCAACAUCAUUUAAAAGCUACAAUAUCAUGAUGGAUCGCCAUUUUUAUUUUCAAUAUUAUGCUGCACUACGUCAUCCAAAUGUCGAAGCUAUCUUAUGGGGAAGAGGCUUUAAAGGUUAG